AUUGGGCAUCAGUAUGAGUGUGUCUUGAAUGACCGCACUAGGGUUGAAUCGUAUACCAUGCCUAUUCAAUUUCCACUCUAUCCGAAGCAUCUCACGCCAAUCCAUGAAGUGUACCGACGUCCUAACAAGACGUUUGUUGAUAUAGCCGGAGUUGUUGUGCACUGGUGUAAACUUGAGCACGUUGGUCAUAGUAAACCCUAUAGAGAGGUCAUACUCAUGGACACAAGGUUCAACCUCAUAGUUGUUGGAAUUUGGAGUGAGCUUUUAGAGCGGUAUGCGAUAAGCUUGCAAUCUGCAGGAAAUAAUAAUCAUGUUAUUCUUGGGACCAUGCUAAAAUUGAAUAAAAGACACAGGUGUCUGGAGACUUCAGAUCACACGAGUUUUGCAUUCAAUCCAGCUAAUCUUCAAACACGUCAACUGCAUGCCUUCGAGCGGUGGUGCGUCACGGGCAAGAGAGACCUCAGAUUCGUGAAUAGAUUUGUUGAAAAAAGGUGGGCGUACCUCGCAACAGUGGUGUGACCUAUGUUGGAUACUUAUGGAUUCAAGUUCACCUUGAAGGAUAAUUUUGUAACAGAUAAUGCUAAAUUAUGAUUGGUUUGUAGUUUUAGAUCAGACAUAACGGUAAUAAUGCUUGGUUUGUAGUCACCGUAACUUGUAUAUUCUUUAAGCAAGAGCACCGCUGUUCUUUCAUAAGUAAGCAAAGAAAUUAUGAGAAUAUUUGGUGCUGUGCUAUACCAUGAGCAUGUGGUCUAGGCACGCGUGGCAGGAGCGAUGCAUGUAUGCAGAGACCAUUUUUGUACAUGCAUU